AUGGUAUUGGAAACUCUGAAUCCAAUGCACUACAUCACCAGCCUAGUACCAGAUGUGAUGCCAGUGGCCACAGUGCCCAUACUCAUUCUUAUGUGCUUUCUGUUUCUAAUAUGGAAUCAUGAAGAAACAUCAUCAAUACCAGGGCCAGGAUACUGUAUGGGAAUUGGCCCCCUCAUUUCACAUGGGAGAUUUCUCUGGAUGGGAGUAGGUAAUGCCUGCAACUACUACAAUAAGACAUACGGAGAAUUUGUGAGAGUUUGGAUCAGUGGUGAAGAAACAUUUAUAAUCAGCAAAUCUUCAAGUGUAUUCCAUGUAAUGAAACAUUGGAACUAUGUUUCUCGAUUUGGGAGCAAGCUUGGAUUACAGUGCAUUGGCAUGUAUGAAAAUGGGAUCAUAUUUAAUAACAACCCAGCACAUUGGAAAGAAAUUCGACCCUUUUUCACCAAAGCCCUGUCUGGUCCUGGUCUCGUGCGUAUGAUAGCCAUUUGUGUUGAAUCAACAAUUGAUCACCUGGAUAAACUAGAAGAAGUGACCACUGAAGUAGGAAACAUCAAUGUGUUGAAUCUUAUGAGACGGAUCAUGCUUGACACAUCUAACAAACUCUUUCUAGGGAUCCCUUUGGAUGAAAGUGCCAUUGUACUUAAGAUUCAGAACUACUUUGAUGCUUGGCAAGCACUUUUAUUAAAGCCUGACAUCUUUUUUAAGAUUUCUUGGCUGUGCAAGAAAUAUGAAGAGGCAGUCAAGGAUUUGAAAGGAGCAAUGGAAAUCUUAAUAGAACAGAAGCGACAAAAGCUUUCCACCGUUGAAAAGUUAGAUGAGCACAUGGAUUUUGCAUCCCAGCUGAUUUUUGCACAGAACAGAGGAGAUCUGACUGCUGAGAAUGUGAACCAGUGUGUGCUGGAGAUGAUGAUUGCUGCUCCUGAUACUCUGUCUGUGACUCUCUUCUUUAUGCUAAUAUUGAUUGCGGAGCACCCCACAGUGGAAGAGAAGAUGAUGAGAGAAAUUGAAACUGUUAUGGGUGACAGAGAUGUACAGAGUGAUGACAUACCAAACCUGAAAACUGUGGAGAAUUUUAUUUAUGAGAGCAUGAGAUACCAGCCUGUUGUGGACUUGAUCAUGAGAAAAGCUUUACAAGAUGAUGUGAUUGAUGGCUAUCCUGUGAAAAAGGGGACAAACAUUAUUCUCAACAUUGGACGUAUGCAUAAGCUUGAAUUCUUCCCAAAGCCAAAUGAGUUUUCUCUUGAAAAUUUUGAGAAGAAUGUUCCUUCACGCUAUUUUCAACCGUUUGGAUUUGGCCCUCGGGGCUGUGUAGGAAAGUUUAUUGCCAUGGUAAUGAUGAAAGCAAUUCUGGUGACUCUUCUGAGACGGUGCAGAGUACAGACAACGAAAGGAAGAGGACUUAACAACAUCCAGAAAAACAAUGACUUAUCUAUGCACCCAAUAGAAAGGCAGCCUCUGCUGGAAAUGGUUUUUACACCAAGAAGAAAUACAAACAAGAAGCAGAGUGACUAA